AUGGAAACACAAGACCAAAGCGCUAACUUUUUUUAUCUUCUUUACAACGCAUCAAAAAGAAAUCACAUUCGCUUCCCAGUCCCUAAAACCCUUAUUAAAGGUUUAGGUUUUAAAAAGCCAAUUCUGAUUCAGAAAACUUUCCGAAACAACUCAUUUAAUGAACUUCGACCUGAAGAAAUUGAAUCAAUAAUUACAAAAACCUUUAUAGAAAAACCAAAUAUUCCUUGUGCUAUAGCGAAGAUUAAUACUAAUCGAGUGAUCUGUUUCACAACACAAGAAAUCAUUAAACUAUGAAACACUCAUUCAGAAAAUUUAAUAAUACAAGAAUAUCUGGAAUGCAAAGGGGGAAAACCACAUGUUGUCAGGAUUAGGUGGAAAACUCCAGGACAUGUGACAGUUUCUUAUAUUUCCCAUGAAGAUGCGGAAGAUGAAAAUCCUUUUAUAUUGUCAGGGACAGUUUAUGAAUCAGAAGUGUAUAUUACUAUUGGUACAAUUGAGCUAACUAGAUAUGCGGAUACUCUAAAAACUAUUUUAGAGCACUCUUUAUAUGAAGAAAACUCAAUAUGUGAGCUGGUCGCUGAUUUUAUUCAAGAAACCACUGGGAAAUGGUACUUUAUUCAUAUAUAUGAGUGCAAACUCUUCAAGAGGAGCCCACUGCUAUCUGUUAGAUCAGCUGAAAUUUUAAGGACUGAAAACUCAAUUGUAUCAAAUAUACCAAAUAAAAUCCUAGAUGCGUUUUCCUUAAGUGGGAAAAAAACUUCGAUUACUAGUCCAUGCACUUCAACAAGACCACACACAAAUUUUGGAGCCACCCGAGUCAAAUUUAGAGAAGAUCUCAAAUUUUCAGGUAUUCCCUAUAUAAAAUCAGUUAAAAGGCAAAAGGAACUUGAUUUAGAUAAAGAUAUCAAAGAAUUGAUUGGACAGCCAAAAAAUCCAGGAAUUACUCAUAUAACCUAUAGUCAAUGGAAUAAAAGAAUGGAAAAUCACAAGAGAAUAACUCCUAAUGAUUUGCUAUAUGCAAGCAAAAUUGCUAACCAGGCAUCAUAUAUCAAAAGAAGAUUUGACCAAAACAAAAGCAAAAUUAAAGGGUUAAUAGAAACCAUGACAAGAUUAACAGCUGAAAAGCCACCUGAAAGCAAUAGAAGUAAUAGAAAGAAAGAGCCUACAUUAAUUAUGCCUAAUGAUCUCACAAGCCUUAACAUUAUUUCAAAAGAUGAUCUUACUGCUCCUAUAGAAAAUCUGAGAUAUUUUUAUAAAAAAUAUACUUAAUUAUUAAAAAAUGAUUUUAUUAUAUACCUAGCUAUAGAGGAUGUAGACAAUGCUACUGGCUGCCUUUAUCCUAUAUUCAUAUAGUGAAUAGAAUAAUAGCCAAUAGGAUCGUUUUCAUUUAUUGUAAUUAGAUAUAGACAAAGAGUUAGAAAAAAGGUUAAAGGGCUGACCUUUGUUGAAACCAAAGAAGAAUUUGAGUUUGGAGUCAAAAAAAUUGAUGAAAUGCUGAAACGAAUGGAAAAAGUCCAGGGAGCAUUAAAUUAA